AUGCUUAAACACGCACAAGGAAACACCGGCAAGCUUCAUAUCUUCAGGAUAUCUGCUUUGACUCGUGAACAAUACAUCUGUGAUGCUUUCUUACGUGUAAAAAAACCUUCUACAUGGUAUGAGUCAAAUAUCAUGGCGCUUGAGAACAGCCUAAACCAAAAAGAAAUCACAACUCGCUUUGCAGUAGUUCCACUCGGAUACGGCUGGUAUCUUGCGUGUCCACAAACAAGGGAUAUAACGCGGGUAAUCGUGAGCCAUUACAGGGCCAAAUUAUUCGAUGACUCGGAAAAAACCCAUCCUUUUUCCGAGUACGUGGAAGGCCAUCCGGGAACUGGACUGAAAGCCCAAAUUGAAUGGCAGAUGUCAGUGGGUAAUGCAAUUCAAAUUUCUCGUAUUACUGCGAAAAAGAAAGAAUGGCUGGAUUGGAUGGAAGACGUGUACCAAGGAAUGAAAUUGUCGCUGGAGGCAACCAAGAGCCGCGAGCGUCAAGCAGCUGGUGAUAUCGCUGAUGUCUCCCUUCCACAACUUGGCAACCAAGGAUUUUCAGAUUCGUAUACCCCUUACUGGAUCACGGAGGAAGAAGCGAAUAUUAAGGACCUUUUCACAAAAAAUGGUAUUGGACUCGCUGAUGCUCCUUAUAUCAUUCAACUGGAGCAUGGGGUUUUGGUCAAGCUUAAUCGAAGCGAAAAGCUUCAACAGCUAUUUUCGGAAAAUAUCCAUGAAGCAUUCGACAAGGAGAGCAGCUUGAUAUGUCUCUGUGGAUACGAGGGAUCUUUGAGCAUUGUGCUUGACAGAUACAAAAAAUAUCUAAGUUCUCAGCGGGACAGCGUGAAAUCUUGGAUAAGCGCAUAG